ACCAUAACUUCCUCUUCUUGUGCUUUGUGGGGCUCAGCUGCUGAAGAGCCUGCCUAGUCCAUUUAGACAAGCCUGUCACCAGAAUGGAUCAUGAAAUAGUGGGAGGCUUUGUCCUGCUGGCCAUAGUCACUCUGCUAAGUGUUAUCCAGAAUGCCUUUUUUGCUAGCAAAGUGGAGCACGAAAGCAAGAGCUAUAAUGGUAAGACUCUUCAGCGGACAGGAGCCUUUGAACGAGUUUUCACUGCCAACCAAAACUGUGAACAUGCAUAUCCUACAUUUCUUGCUGUGCUGUGGUGCGCUGGGCUGCUUUGUAGCCAAGUUCCCGCUGCCUUUGCUGGAUUGAUGUACUUGUUUGUGAGGCAAAAGUAUUUUGUUGGCUAUCUGGGAGAAAGGACUCAGAGCACUCCUGGUUACUUAUUUGGAAAACGCAUCAUACUGUUCCUGUUCCUAAUGUCUGUUGCUGGAAUACUCAAUUACUACCUGGUCCUAUUUUUUGGAAGUGACUUUGAAAUGCAUAUAAAAGCGAUAACCAACACCAUCUCUCCAUUGCUGCUCAUUCCUUAAUUUCUUUGCAGCAUUAAGGGGUUAGUGUGCUUAAUAUAUCAAUGCCCAGAAGCAGCUAUAAUUCAGCCAUUUAAGAAAGGAACCUAUAACCCUUUUAGAUUGCUGUAAAUCCAAUGCUGUAUGGGGCUUUGCAGCUUGAUUUAAACCUGGUUUUUCCCUCAGAAAAAUGAUUUAUGGUGAACAGUCUGUGUGUGCUAGAAACAGUAAUAACUUCCAGUUAAUUCUUUGGAUUCUUUCUGUAAAUUGUAGCUUGAUAGCUGAUUCCUUGGCUGUAAGGAACAUGUUUUGCUAUUGUCAAAAUUGUACUUUGCUCUCCUGCUGUCACAAAAAUCAGGAGCCUCACACUUAGAUAAUCCAUCCUCACACCUAUAUAAUUUCAUUACAGCUCUCAUUAGUGCAUGAGGACUGCAGAUUGGGCUCUUUGUGGUUGCCUUUGAUAAAUAUUUAUCCAUUCUUUGGGCCUGACAUUUUCCUUUACACAAAAACCUUUUUAAACUGCCACAGCCAUGCAAAGGGGCCUUAGUAUAAAAAUGAAAGCUUAGUUUUAUUUUGCUUUGUAGAUUUAAUAAAGCAGCCUAAAUUGGU